GCGCUUCGUUGACAUCUGAUACCAGAGUAUAGAAAGAGAGAGAGGGAGAGAGGAGGUGUUCUAUGGAUGCAGCAGCCAUGGCAGCAGCAAUAAAACCAGUUAUCAAAGUUACAGCUAUCUGCGGUUCUCUUCGCAAAGCCUCUUUCAAUCGAGGACUCAUCCGCGCUGCUUUGCAGAUAAGCAAGGAGAUCGAUGGACUAGAAAUUAAGUACGUUGACAUAGCGGCGCUUCCCUUGAUGAAUACUGAUCUUGAGGUCGACGGAACCUAUCCAUCAGCUGUUGAGGUUUUCCGUCAGAAAGUUCAGGAAGCCGAUAGCAUCCUUUUCGCUUCGCCGGAAUACAAUUACGGCAUAGCCGCACCACUGAAGAAUGCAAUCGAUUGGGCUUCAAGGCCACCAAAUUGUUUCUCUGAUAAACCAGCUGCUGUGGUGAGUGCUGGAGGAUUCUUUGGUGGAGGUCGAUCUCAGUACCAUCUAAGACAAUCUGGUGUUUUUCUUGAUCUUCAUUUCAUAAAUAAGCCUGAACUCAGCUUGAAUGCAUUUCAACCGCCUGCAAAGUUUGACGACGAAGGAAACUUGAUUGAUGAAGAGGCAAAAUUGAAACUGAAACAAGUUCUCUUAUCCUUGAAGGCGCAUACGUUACGCCUUCAAAGUUAAUGUCGCAGUCUAGAUCGAAAUUUCGUCCGAGGAGGAGGAGGAGAAGAAGAAGAAAGGUGUCGUUUCCAUCUAACUUUCUUUAUUUAGCAUUAUGUAAAAUUUCAAGUUGGCAAAUUUGAUACUUUCAUUCUUUUGCCAAACUCAGGAAAAUAAAAAGGAUUUCCAUACCGCUCAUGUGGUGAAAUUAAAUGGUUUCAAUUUGAUAUAUUACAUGUUACAUAUGUUUCUAUUUCAAAAAAUGAAAAUUGUUUUUUAUGUU